ACAUUUCAAUUCAAGAAAACUGAAUCAUAAAGUUUCCACUUCAAUAACUUCCUUUGUCGGACUAACUUGUUUAGGUAAUAACAUGUUGGCCAAUGGCGGAUCCAGGGGCGGCCAUCCCGGUCCAGCCCUCCUUUCGAUUCGGAGUUAAUACCGUCCUUAUAAAUUUGUCGUGUUUGGUUAUUCGGUCCAGUGUUAUUUUAUAAUAUGAUUGUGUAUAACUAAACAAAAAUAAUUCAGAUAAACAUGUUCAAAUCAUUACUCUAAAUUUAGCCUAGAAAUUCUAGUCCUAAAGAUUUUUGGUCUAGAAAACAAUAAAACCUAAAAUUCUAAAGUCUAAAGCAUAAAUGACUAAAAGACAUGUGAGGUAUGUUCCCUUGAAAAUUUACUAGAGCAGCUAGUGGAUAUAGGGAUAGACACAGAGUGCAAAUUGAUUAGUCAAUUGAUUUGUCUAGUGUUGAUUCUACAUGUUUUCAACAACUACCACAGAGAAAACCUUUUCAACAAUGAAACAUGUGAAAACUAAUUUGCGCAACAAAAUAAGCGAUGAAUUUCUUGCCGAUUGCUCAAGUAUUUUAUUUCAAACAGAAUUGGUAUGGAUGUAGACUUCAUUAUUAAUACAUUCGCUAAAUUAAAAGAUUGUUGUGUACAAUUGUAGUGUACAAUUGAUAUUGUCAAAAAAAUUAUAAUCAUUAUAUAUUUUUUUUACGAUAUCUACCUUUCUAAUGAAAUCCGGCCCAGUGCUCUAUUGUAUUCUGGAUCCGCCACUGAGUCCGUCGAUCAAGUACUGGGAGGAGUUCAAUCAACUACAUCGGAAGGUAAUAGAAGAGAAGUCGGAGGAACCACACACCUGAUCUCAAUCGCCGGAAGGCUGGAUGAAGAUAAAUGUUGAUGCAGCAGUGCUGGAUGGCGGAGGGACUGGAUUGGGGGCAGUUCCCAGGAAUCCUCAGGGCCAAUUUGUGAUGGCGGCGAUUCGUAGGGAGCGCAGGCCAUGGUCGCCGAAACUAGUAGAGUUACGUGCAAUCGAAUUGGGCUUGCAACUGGCAGAGGAUGAGAAUAUAGGUUUCGGUGAUAGUAGAAUCGGAUUGUAUGAAUGCUAUCCUCAAGUUGCAGAAAAAUGGAGGUCUCUCGUUGCAUGAAGAUAAAUACCGCCUACCAAUUCUACUUCCCGUAAAAGAUUUUUCAACCGCCAGCACCAAUACGACAGUAUUUUAAUCCAUUCCUAAUAUUCUCUCUAAAAAACAAUAAUAAUAACCCUAAUGCACCCUGUCUUGCUCGUCCCUCUUCCGCUCUUUCCCGCUCAUCUUUCCAGUUCUCGUUCUUUCAUCUCUCCGGUAGACGCUGCCUCCGACUCCGCUCUCCGGCGCCCGCCCUCAUAAACCGCCGCGGAUAUCCUCUCCUCUCAGUCGUUGCGCAUCCUCCAACCCAAUUCAAUCCUAAGCCUCUCCUCACUUUACUGUUGCUUCGCUGCGCGAGCUUUGGUUGCGGUCGGGUAGCAGAUAGAAGAGCUCGUGCCUCCCUCGCCUCUCUUCCUAUGGUAAUUUGGAUUGAAAAAUUAACUAUCUUCCGAUUGGCUGUUUGAUUCAUUCAUGUGUUCGGAUUUGCUUUCCAUUUCCGUAUGGGUAGCCUUUUUGUUAAGCUGGAACAUGGGUGUUUGCCCAGUCAUUCCAUCUCCAAAUUUCUGCUGUUGUAAUUGAGUUUCGCUGAUGCAGUUAUGCUUACCAUUGUGGAGUUCUAUUAAUCGCAGAUGUCUAGAGGGCGCGGGCGCGGGCGCGGUUCAUUUGGACGGAGCAGCUAUGGCGGGGGUAGUUUUGCAAAACAAGAGCCCUACGUCUUGUUUCCUGAAGUUAAAUUGCCUGAUCCCAAGAACGUGAAGGAAGAAAAGGGCUUAGUUGUUGUGAAUGCAAAGUUCCAAGCUUUUUGGAAAGCUUCCUGUUACUACCUAGAAGAAAAUACGGAUGCUGGUCCAAUGAAGAGUUGGAUCAUGGAAGUAGAGAGAUUCCCUGACAGGGCAAAGCCAAAGGUCGUAUCGAAGCGAGGUUCCCUUGAUGAGUUUCUGCAGUUUGGAUCUGAUUAUUUCCCGAAGGAAUUGGUUGGAGGAAAGAAAGUUGUGAGGAGAUCGAAGAAACCGCGAUGGCAACAGGCUUUGGAUGUUUUUGAGAAUCUUGAAAAUAAAGAAGCAAAAAAGAAAGCAGAGGGGGCCCAGGAAACUAAAGAAGGUGAAGAAGAGGAAGAUGAAGAAGAAGUAGAAGCAAUUGAAGAGGAAGAAUUCAGUGAUGAUGACUAUAAUCAGAACGAGUAUUUCGAUGAUGAUGAAGAUGAUUUCAACGUGGAUGCUGCCGAUGAUGAAGGGCCUAUAUAUUGACGGUAAUGACUUGACGGAUAAUCUUCUCAAAACACUAACUAGUGGAACUGGAAAAACCUUCUCUCUAAAUUGAAAAACCUCUUGCCUCCCUUCCCCUCUGAUAUUUAGUUGUCGCGGUCGGCACCUCCUGGUGACCGGCGGCGACCCAUCCUCUUUUUUUCUGUCAUUCCUUCAGUCCUUUGUUGUCCUUUCCAUCCCUUAAGUGACACUUCAUUUUCCGCGCCUCUCAUGUAGAUGGCUGCCUUUGCUUCUUCCUCAAGUCAGAUCUUCAGAUAUGUUUUGUUGGUAAGGUUGAGGUCCCCUUAGCCUGCCUUCUCCUUCAUGUUUCUGCUCGUUCUCCUUGCUUCACCUCUUUGGAAGGUGUUUCGGAGAAGAUCUGGGAACUAUUGUGAUCGUCCCUUGAUUCCAGUCUCGUGAAGCUCGAAGGCGAGGAUCACUUUAUUUGGGCUCCUAAUCAUCUUUCUUCCUGAUGCUUGUGCUUUCGUUGUCAAGGUGGUGUCUCAUUCACCGGGUGGCUUAGGGUUUCAAUGGUACAACCAUGCACCUCUUGGUCGGGUGUCUUGCGGCUCUUCCCGUCGGCGGUGGAUGAUGGGACUCUCCUGGUGCGGUGGUUGCUGUCCAUCUGCUGGAAAUAGAUUAGGUUUUAGGGUUUCAGUUCAUGCUCUGUGUUUGGGCUUCAACUUACAGUCUUGUUGUGUUUUGAGCAAAAUUUAGAUAUAGAACCAUCUUAUUUGAUUUGUUCUCGUUAGCCAUGAGAUGAUACAAUUCGUCAAUACUCAUGAAUUAAGUUUUUUUGGUAUUGUUUACGGUUGAAGUUUUUUUGGCUUAACUUUUACGGGCUCGUUUGGAUGCAUCAUUUUGGUUCUAUGGUAUUUCGAAUCCAAAUGAUGCAUUAUUUUGUUAUGUGGCAUUUCAUGUGGUAUUUCAUUUUGAAAUGUGGUAAUUGGUGUAAUUGCCUUGUUUGGAUAAAACAUUCAAAUAUUGUGGUAUUUCACCACUUAAAGAAGGGAUGAAGUGGAAAAAGAAGUUAGGAGAUGAGGUAUUUGAAAUAACUAGGGGGUGAGUAGGUAUUUCAAAUAACUCACAAUGAGUUAUUUCAAUUGACUCAUUGACAAAAUACCACAUUAUACUUUAUUUUUACCAAACGAGUUAUUUUGAUUGAAAUACCUCAUUCUGAGUUAUUUCGACCAAAUUAUCUCAUUAAAAUACUGCAUCCAAACAACCGUAGUUAAUUGAUUAGUCUCCAUAAUUUUUUGGUUUUUUAAGGAGACCAACAUAGUUAAUUGUAAUUAAUGGGUUGGAUCAUGAGUGAGUUUUGGGCUCUAGUUUCUUUUCACCCAUUUUUGACAACGUGAUGAUCUACGAUUUUGUGGUUUCAGUAGCGUUUGUAGUUCGACAACACCAAGAGUUCAAUGGCAUUGUAGUGGUGACUAAAGCCGCAAGUUUUUUUUUUAUCGCUACAAUAUCAUUGAGUUUAGUCGCGACUAAAAUGAUAUUUUGUGA